AUGGCUGCAGGUUUGUCAAAGCACCCCCUAGUUUUUUCACCUGUUUUUGGCCCAGUUCCUGCUGUUUCUGUCUUGGAUAUCACCAACCCAACCAGCAACUGUUCCCCAGCACUCUUCCAACACCUGUUACCCAGUUUUCUGAGCGCUCCCAGACCAGUUUUCACCCACCUGAAGUCCCCUUGGCUUGGAAAUAAUACUAAUCAACAGUGGAGACAAUGGUCGCAGCCCUUAAUAGUUGAUAACACUGACCCUGAGGAACAAUUGGUAUUGGCCAACACAUUGUACUAUGCCUCUUCCGUCUACAAACCUAAGACAAUUAGUAUCAAAUCUAAUGCUAUCACACACGGCUUGAUCAUCCAUCAUCUCUGUUGUAGCGGGAAGAUCAAAGACAUAAAAGGGGCUCAUAAAUGGUUGGAAAAGAUUGAAGAGAGGGGAAUAGCCACGACAGAUCUCACUCGUACAGCUUUGAUCCAAUGA